CUAGACGAUACCGCGCUCCGUCCAAUCUCCCAAACACCUUCGGGGGAUAAGUCUACCCUCCAACACUUCACUGAUUAUAUCUCCUUCUCUUCUUCACCACCAUGGCUGCUUCUGCAACUUCUCUCUCAACUCUCUCUUCUCUCUCUAUCCCCAAAUCUUGUUUCUCUCUCUUCAACCCAUCGCUUUCUCUCUUAACAACCCUCCAUUCCUCCACCCCUAAAUCCCCCUACCCUUCGCUCUCCCUCCCCUCAAAACCAACCAAAUUCACCCCCCUCCAAGCCUCCCCUUCAGGCGAAAUCGAAACAACCUUCUUCGACAACUUCAACCCAGAAGACGACAUCACAUUCGACCCACCAGAAGCCCCAGAAGGGUUCGUCCCACCUCCCUCCUUCGACGAAGACCCACUAGAGCCCGAAGACCAAAUCGCCGCAGCAUAUGAAGAACUCUACGGCCCCGCAUACAGUGGAGUGAGUGUAUUGGGCAAAGACGUGUACGUGAUGGAUUCGAAGGUGAAGAAAUUAACUGGGUUGGGAAAGGCUAAGAAAGAGAAAGUGAGAGAUGGGUUUGAUGAGAGAGUUGUUCAGGUGAGAAGGGUCACAAAGGUUGUGAAAGGAGGGAAGCAAUUGCAUUUCAGGGCUGUUGUUGUUGUGGGUGAUAAGCAAGGGCGUGUUGGUGUUGGUGUUGGCAAGGCUAAAGAGGUUAUUGCUGCGGUUCAGAAAUCGGCUACGAAUGCUCGCCGGAAUAUCAUCACCGUGCCGAUGACAAAGUACUCGACGUUUCCUCACAGAUCGGAGGGUGAUUAUGGGGCAGCAAAGGUGAUGCUUAGACCUGCUUCUCCUGGUACUGGAGUGAUUGCUGGAGGUUCUGUAAGGAUUGUGCUAGAAAUGGCAGGCGUUGAGAAUGCACUGGGGAAACAACUUGGAAGCGACAAUGCACUUAACAAUGCAAGAGCCACUGUUGUUGCAGUGCUGAAAAUGAGGCAAUUUAGUGAAGUUGCUGCGGAGCGUGGGAUCCCAAUGGAAGAACUCUGGAAGUGAUGGAACAAACAAGUGCGUAUUUUUGUUUUUAAAUUUUGUACAACCAAUGCUAGCUAUUUGUCUUAGCAAGGGAAUCGAAUUGUUGUUCUUAUUCUCACUCCCACACUUUCUCACCUUUGUUAUUUUGAGAAAUGAUAAUUUUCUUUAUUCGAUUCAAGGUUGGUAUUCUCAAAUUUGACAAAAUGGUUUCCAUUGAAUUUAUUUUAUUCA